AUGGCUCUCCAGUUGAAAUCGAUCAGUGCUAUCCUGCUGGUGACGCUCUGUAUCCUCAGCGUGGUUAACGUGUCCCGGCAAGCUUCGCUUUCGGUUCAGCUCCUCUCCCGUGGCGAACGUUCGACAUCGAACCAAACUCUGAACGAGAGGAUGUGCGAAAGCAACACCCCUUGCGGUUGGGCGCUUUAUGUACCAUUUUCCCGGCAGAUAGAGAAGUUCAUGAAAAAUACUUGCGAAUGCGAAAAGACCCUCGAAUGCAUGCGCACGGAUGAUGAUGUGUCGAUCAGCGCGUACGUGUACCGCUGCCGGGAGAAUAAACCGACACCCGAAUCCUGAUCAACUG